GGGACCGCGACCGGAGCGCGAGCCGGAGCCGGAGCCGGAGCCGCGGCGGCCGCGGAGCACGGGCGCCGGCGCAGUACCAUGAGGCAGCCAGCGGAUUCGGGAGCCUGAGUCCUUGCGAAGCCGGCAAUGACAAGUCUGAAUGGUCGCCAUGCAGAGAAAACCAUUGACAUGCCAAAACCAUCAGCCCCCAAAGUGCACGUGCAGAGGUCUGUGUCCCGAGACACUAUCGCCAUUCACUUCUCGGCAUCUGGGGAGGAGGAGGAGGAAGAGGAGGAGGAGUUCAGGGAAUACCUUGAGGGGCUGGACGACCAAAGCAUUGUAACGGGGCUUGAAGCCAAGGAAGACCUCUAUCUUGAACCCCAGGUUGGCCAUGACACCGUGGGCCCUGCUGCCAUCCUGGCAGAUGGACUGUCUGUGUCCCGGUCCCCUGCCAUUUUGCCCGUCUCCGAGAACACUGUAAAGCUGCUGGAAUCCCCUUCUCCGGCAGCACAAGUAUUAAGUACAGUGCCAUUGGCUCUGUCCCCAGGGUCCUCUUCAUCAGGGCCCUUAGCUAGUUCUCCUAGUGUGUCGUCCCUUUCUGAGCAGAAAACCAGUUCCUCUUCCCCACUGUCUUCUCCUUCCAAGUCUCCUGUCCUUUCAUCCAGUGCCUCAUCCUCCGCCCUUUCCAGUGCAAAGCCCUUCAUGAGCCUGGUGAAAUCCCUGUCUACUGAGGUGGAGCCAAAAGAGUCCCCACACACCCCCAGGCACAGGCACUUGAUGAAAACAUUAGUCAAGUCUCUGUCCACAGACACUUCUUGGCAGGAGUCCGACUCUGUGUCCUAUAAGCCUCCUGACUCCAAACUGAAUUUGCACCUGUUCAAGCAGUUCACACAGCCACGAAACACAGGUGGAGAUUCCAAAACUGCACCUUCUUCUCCACUGACUUCUCCCUCUGAUACUCGAUCCUUUUUUAAAGUGCCCGAGAUGGAGGCAAAAAUUGAAGACACUAAACGACGCCUUUCAGAAGUCAUAUAUGAACCUUUUCAGCUCCUCAGUAAAAUUAUUGGGGAAGAAAGUGGCAGCCAUAGGCCCAAAGCCUUAUCUUCAAGUGCUUCAGAACUCUCCAACCUGUCCAGUUUGAACGGGCACUUGGAAAGCAAUAACAACUACAGCAUCAAGGAGGAGGAGUGUGACUCGGAAGGGGAUGGUUCUGGGAAUGACUCCAGCCUUGCCAGGAGUGACCCCUCAAAGUCCACGGAAGAGCACGCAAGAGAGGUGGAACCCAAAGGCUCCCAGGCAAGCAGUUUGAAGGAUUUAGGUUUGAAGACAAGUUCUCUCGUUCUUGAGAAAUGUUCCUUGUCUGCCUUAGUGAGCAAAGAGGAUGAAGAGUUCUGUGAACUGUACACUGAAGACUUUGACCUGGAAACUGAGGGGGAGGGGAGGGCUGACAAGCCCCCAGACAUCCCUCUCAAGCCAGAGGUGCUCGAGGAUGAUCGUGUAGAUCUUGACAGUGAGGAUGAGGUGGACACACAGGUAGAAUUACCCGUGAAGACAUUGGGUUUCUUUGUAAUGUGUGUCUAUGCAUACCUCAUCCUCCCCCUCCCCUACUAUAUUAGUGGACUCUUUCUGGGAGUUGGCCUUGGAUUCAUGACUGCGAUUUGCAUGAUUUGGUUUUUUACACCACCAAGUGCUCAUAAAUAUCCUAAGUCACAUAAAACUCUGCAACACUGGAAUAUAAGAUCACUGGACAUCAAAGAACCUGAAAUUCUAAAGGGAUGGAUGAAUGAGAUUUACAACUAUGAUCCAGAGACUUACCGUGCGACUUUGACUCAUUCAGUCUUUGUGAGACUUGAGGGUGGAACCUUAAGACUUUCCAAGCCCAAUAAAAACAUAUCCAGGAGAGCGAGUUACAAUGAAACAAAGCCAGAGGUCACCUACAUCAGCCAGAAAAUCUACGACCUCUCUGACAGCAAGAUUUAUCUUGUACCUAAAAGUUUGGCUCGCAAACGAAUCUGGAAUAAAAAGUACCCCAUUUGUAUCGAACUUGGUCGGCAAGAUGACUUUAUGGCUAAGGCUCAGACUGAUAAAGAGACUUCUGAAGAGAAGCUACCAGCUGAAAGAGAGAUGGGAAGCGAGGAUCCUAAAAAGCCACCCCACCCACAAGAGGGAACAAGACCUGGCCAGCGAGAUCAGAUACUGUAUCUGUUUGGGAGAACUGGCCGAGAAAAAGAGGAGUGGUUUAGGAGAUUUAUUCUGGCAUCAAAGCUGAAGUCAGACCUCAAGAAGCCACCUGGUGUUUCUGGAAGCAAAGCAGGGCUUUUGCCUACCCACAGCAGGCACAGCAGCCCCUCCGGGCACCUGACCCACAGCCGAAGCAGCAGCAAAGGCAGUGUGGAGGAGAUCAUGUCCCAGCCAAAGCAGAAGGAACUGGUGGGCAGUGUGAGGCAGAAGAUGCUUCUAGACUACAGUGUGUACAUGGGCAGGUGUGUGCCCCAGGAAAGCCAAAGCCCCCAGAGGAGUCCUGUGCAGAGCGCAGAGAGCAGUCCCACAGCUGGGAAAAAGUUGCCAGAGGCUCCACCCUCUGAGGAGGGAGAACGAGAAGCCUGGGUGAAUGCCUUGCUUGGAAGAAUAUUUUGGGACUUCUUAGGCGAGAAAUACUGGUCAGAUCUGGUGUCUAAGAAAAUUCAGAUGAAACUCAGCAAAAUAAAGCUCCCCUACUUUAUGAAUGAGCUAACGCUGACAGAGCUUGACAUGGGAGUGGCUGUGCCAAAAAUCCUUCAGGCCUUCAAACCUUAUGUUGAUCACCAAGGACUCUGGAUCAAUUUGGAAAUGUCCUACAAUGGGUCCUUUCUGAUGACUCUCGAGACCAAAAUGAAUUUGACCAAACUAGGUAAAGAGCCUCUUGUUGAAGCCCUGAAGGUUGGAGAAAUUGGCAAAGAAGGUUGCAGGCCCAGGGCCUACUGUCUGGCCGACAGCGAUGAGGAAUCUUCCAGUGCUGGCUCCUCUGAUGAAGACGAUGCCCCAGAGCCCAGUGCUGGAGAUAAACAGCUGAUCCCAGGAGCUGAAGGGUAUGUUGGAGGUCAUCGGACAAGUAAGAUUAUGAGGUUUGUUGAUAAAAUUACCAAGUCAAAAUAUUUCCAAAAAGCAACGGAGACAGAGUUCAUUAAAAAGAAGAUUGAAGAAGUCUCCAAUACACCUUUGCUGCUAACUGUUGAAGUACAAGAAUGUCGAGGAACCUUGGCGGUCAACAUUCCACCCCCCCCAACUGACCGAAUCUGGUAUGGUUUCCGGAAACCACCAUAUAUAGAGCUGAAAGCUCGGCCAAAACUUGGAGAGAGAGAAGUUACUUUAGUUCAUGUGACAGACUGGAUAGAGAAGAGGCUGGAGCAAGAGUUUCAGAAAGUUUUUGUCAUGCCAAACAUGGAUGAUGUUUAUAUCCCUAUAAUGCACUCAGCCAUGGACCCUCGUUCCACUUCUUGCCUCCUGAAAGACCCUUCACUGGAGGCUACUGACCAGCUAUGAUGGGUGACAAUAGAUGUUCAGUAUUAGGAGACCUAACUUGAGGUGUGGAGUUCAUGGCUGCCAUCUGUGCUAUGGCACUGGCCUUUAUUUGUGCCACAGCCACUGUCUCUUAAAGGAUUGCUUCUGCCCUGCCUGUUGGUGCCCAUUCCACUGUGAAGUGUCAUUCCCUGCAUCCAAUGACGAGUGUCUGGAUUGCCUGCUGCAAAGCUUUGAUUGGCAAAGGAGACUGAAAGAAUCUUGGUGGAGCCAGAAGUUACAGGUGACUCACACUGCAGCUUUUAAAAGUCUACCACUUUUUAAUGGCAGUUACAUGAGCACAUUCAGAGCAAAGCUGUGCGACUGGAAGGCUUCCCCUGCCUCCUAGACUCCUCUAAAGCUUUUCCUCAGGCAGCUGGUGCACAAUGAAACAUUUUUUCACUCUACAUUUUGUGAUAGCAGCCCUCCACAUUCAGAAUGUCAGUGUGUUAAUGUGAGGAGUGGAAUUUUGUGAACCCUUUCAUUGGUGGUAAAGAGAUAGGCAUACUAACUUUUUUCACAUUAAAUUGUGCAUUUUGGAAGCAAGUAGCCAUAGAACACACACACACAAUUUCAGCUGGGGUGGGGUCAGUGGGAUUUAUGUGAACAUUAGGCAAAGCUAUGAGAUGAAAGCAUCUGAAGCCUUUUACCAACGAGGUUACAAUCACCUUGCUUCUAAUUAAUCCUGAUUGUUGUUUUAAAACAGCACAGGUGACAUUCAUAUGUGACACUUCACACAAUGACCGAUUGUUUCUCCCCAGUACAGAAUGGGGUGGGGUCAAACCAGAGCCAAGGUCUUUCUGCCAUCACUGUGUACCAGAAAGCUUCAUGUGGGAAUCUGAAAGCUUUGUUAAUCUAAUUGGUUCAGAAUUGGGUUUUGUAGGCAGUUUUUGUUCGUUGAUGGCCAAAACAGAAAAUUGCUCAAUGUCAAACACUACACAUCUCAAGAUAUUCAUGUGACCUUUCUUUAAUGUUGCCAACUUACUUUUGUGCAUUUGUGUCAGAUAAUUUAGUUUACAAGUUUGAGGCCUCUAAUAGUAAUUACUUUGGGAAGCAAACAUUUUAUUUAAAACUGCAAUGUCAAAAUUACCUUGUGUAACUUUUGAUAAUUUACAUUUGGGGACAAAGCUGAUUGUGGGGUUUUUUAACAGCACCUUGCCUGAACAUGACUUCAAAGAAAUUAAUAUAUUGAAAAAAAUGUAUCUGAACUCCUUAAUUGCAUCAUUAAAACAUUUGACUUAAAUUAUUUGACCAUUCCAGUCAGUGUACCGUUCCACAUUGUGUAACCCGACCUGCUGGUAAAGCUUGCAUGUCUUGUCACUGGUCUUUAACUUUUGUGCAAUAACUAAAGGUAAAGGACUAGAUGCACUGUAUAGAGAUGACACGAUUGUACCUUAUUUCACUUAACCAAGUAGUAUGUGGGGACUUACAAUCGCUUGAAUUGUUUCACAAAAUAAAUCUCAUGUCAAACACCA